AUUUUAUUUGCUUUUCACAAUUGAAGAGAAAAAUAACAAUGGGAGCUGGAACAUACUUGCAUAGCGAGAAUCAAUGGAUGUUGCUCUUCCUACUCUCAUGGUCUCUUCGGGCUUUCUUCCAACAGGGUCAUUGCUAGAAUCAUUGAUACACAUAUCUAAUGAAGUUGCAUCAAUGGAAAGGCUUCCUGUUAUACAGGUUAGAAAUAUCUCAACCAUGAUAAGAAGGAUCAAACUUCUUUCCUCUCUCUUUGAAGAGAUCCAUGAAAUGAAUACCCCACUUCCCCCAUCAUCAAUCUUGUGUCUCACUGAGCUCUUUUCUGUGAUUCGGAGAGUUAAGAGUUUCAUACAAGGGUGCAAGGAUGCUAGCUCUCUGUGGAGCCUUGUGCAAACAGAACUUAUCUCGAGUCAAUUCCAUGUGGUAGUGAAGGAGAUGGGGAGGGCACUUGAUAUUUUACCUCUGAGCUUGCUCAAUAUAACUGCAGACAUUAGGGAGCAAGUGGAGCUUCUUCACAAGCAAGCGAAAAGAGUGGAUUUGUUUGUUGACCCUCGGGAGCUGCAAAGAAGAGAAGAGCUUCUCCAAGUAAUGGCCACCAACAAUGAGAAGAAUGCCAAGAGCAAGGCCUUGGUUGAUUUCAGAGAAGUGAAAGAGAUCUUGAGCAGCAUUGGCUUGAGAAGUCCAUUAGAUUAUGAUGAAGAGAUUUCAAAGCUAGAAGCAGAAGCACAGAAGCAGGCAGGCACAGGGGGACUGAUUGUGGUUUCCAAUAUCAACAACCUCAUCUCUCUGGUCUUGUACUCCAAGUCCAUGAUUUUUAGUGAAGAACAUAAUGAGAAAACUAAUGAAGCAUUCAAGAAGCGCUCUGCAUCUUUCAGGAUGAACGAUGAUCAUUCCUCAUCCUCCCAAUCAGCAAUUCUCAACAUUCCUGAUGAAUUCCGCUGCCCCAUUUCACUUGACUUGAUGAGAGAUCCUGUGAUUGUUGCUUCAGGGCACACUUAUGAUCGAAAUUCAAUUGCCCAGUGGAUCAAUACAGGACACAAUACCUGCCCCAAGAGUGGGAUGAAGCUAAUUCACAUGGCCCUCAUUCCAAACUAUGCACUGAAGAGUCUAGUUCAUCAAUGGUGCCGUGAAAACAACAUCCAAUUAAUUGAAUCUACAUCAUCAUCUUCCUCAGACUUGGGGAGAAGCAAUAGCAUGAGGAAGUCAUGUGAGAAAGCUGUUGAUCACAUAUCUGCCACAAAAACUGCAAUGGAUGCUGUCAAAAUGACUGCAGAAUUUCUAGUGGGUAAAUUAGCAACAGGGUCACCUGAAAUUCAGAGACAGGCAGCAUAUGAGCUCCGCUUAUUAGCCAAAACCGGAAUGGAUAAUCGUAGGAUAAUUGCUGAGGCAGGAGCUAUUCCAUUUCUGGUGACAUUACUAAGUUCCCAUGACCCAAGAAUUCAGGAGAAUGCUGUGACUGCCUUACUCAACCUUUCCAUCUUCGAUAACAAUAAGAUUUUAAUAAUGGCAGCUGGAGCAAUUGACAACAUAGUAGAUGUUUUGCAAUCAGGGAAAACCAUGGAGGCAAGAGAAAAUGCAGCUGCAGCAAUCUUCAGCUUGUCAAUGAUAGAUGACUGCAAGGUGACCAUUGGCGCCCAUCCUAGAGCCAUGCCUGCAUUGGUGGCACUCCUAAGAGAAGGUACUUCAGCUGGGAAAAGGGAUGCUGCAACAGCACUUUUUAAUCUUGUGGUUUAUAGUGCCAACAAGGGAAGCGCUGUGGUUGCUGGGGCAGUUCCUUUGCUUAUUGAGCUGUUGAUGGAUGACAAAGCGGGAAUUACAGAUGACGCCUUGGCAGUGCUUGCUCUGCUUUUGGGGUGCCCCGAUGGGCUGGAGGAGAUAAGGAAGAGUAGGAUCCUAGUUCCACUUCUUAUUGAUCUCUUGAGAUUUGGAUCGCCCAAAGGGAAGGAGAAUUCGAUAACUCUUCUUCUGGGUCUGUGCAAAGAUGGAGGAGGAGAAGUUGCAAGAAGACUCUUGCUAAAUCCACGAAGUAUUCCUUCUCUUCAAAGCUUGGUUGCAGAUGGGUCUUUGAAAGCUCGAAGAAAGGCCGAUGCCCUGCUUAGAUUACUCAAUAGAUGCUGCUCUCAGUCUCACAGCACUGUUGGAUAACAAAGAAUACAAGGGUUUAGAAAAGGAAAAAUGUAAAUUUUUAGAUAUGAUAUAAACGGAAAUGGUGUUCAUUUAUUACUGUAAUUGGAGCUCCAUGAAUUGUUCCUUACCUGAUGGGAUUUCUUAUCUGUCUUCA